UCGGCGGGCGCCUCGUCGGGAGAGGUGCCCCGUUUUGUUUUUUCCCGCCCGGCUUCAUUAUUGAUGGCAUCGGGACGGUAAUGCGGAAGCAUGUGUGAACGUUUCAUUACAAAAGGUGGACGCGGCUCGUGUUAAUAUUGCAGACCGACCGGACCCGACCGGACGGGUGGACGCCUCUGAAAAAAAAAACACACACACAAAUUAAAAAAAAAUUAUAAAAAUUAACAUCAACCGCAAUUAAAUUCGGCAUCCGGGUUCGGUCGAAAAAUUUCAAGUUUGGAAUAGAGCGCGUCGGCAGCCGAACUAUUGGGACGCGUGCGGGGAAAGUUUUCGGACGAACUUCGACUAAAGUUUCUCACGUGCGUGUGUGGACAUCGGACUAGUCGCGUGACGGAUUGGCCGGACAGUCGCGCGCCACUACGUUCCACGUUCAAAAAUCCGAUUCCAUUUAUUUUAUUCAAAUCCAUUAUUUUUAUUAGUGCAAAUUUUGUUAUACGCGUUCUCGGCCUGGUUUUUUCGCGCGUUGUUUUGUUGCCAGACAUUGACUCCUAGUGACUUUGUUGAUGUUUUGUUGAUUGUUUUUGUUGAGUAACAUUUUUAAAGUGAUUUUUGGGGCCCGCAAAGUUUGCAAACUAGACAAAAUAAGUGGAACGUCAAAUAUUGCAAAGAUCCUCACAACGGACACAUGAUUCCAUAACCUGAGCAGAAAAAAAAACACAAACAAUGGCGGACAACCAACAUUUCUGUCUGCGAUGGAACAACUAUCAAAGCAGCAUAACAAGCGCAUUCGAGAACCUUCGAGAUGAUGAAGACUUCGUGGAUGUAACGCUGGCGUGUGAUGGGAAGAGUCUUAAAGCCCACCGCGUCGUGCUCUCUGCCUGUAGUCCAUACUUUAGAGAACUGUUGAAAUCGACACCGUGCAAGCACCCAGUGAUCGUGCUGCAGGACGUGGCGUUCACAGACCUGCACGCGCUGGUCGAGUUCAUAUACCACGGCGAGGUGAACGUGCACCAGCGAAGUCUCUCCUCCUUCCUCAAGACUGCCGAGGUCCUCCGGGUCUCCGGGCUCACACAGAACGAGGAUGUCCAAGGGCCACUGCUGCAGACGCUGCGUGCAACAACAGCGCCCUCCCCGCACACACCGCCCCACCCCGCGCACAUACCCCACACCGCACACACGCCAACUUACUCCGAGAAACUCGAGGAGGCUCUCUCCCACGGCGGCCCGUUCUCCCGCCGGCUGCCCCUGCCGCCGCGGCGCAUCAGCCGCUCAGCGGACAACUCCCCCGACGUCAUCAAGCGCCCCCGCCACGACAACAACAAUACCGAGAACCAAGUGCACGAUUUCUCAACAAAAAAUCACUCGUUGGUGAACAACACGAGGAGCCACGUGGAGCCGGGGAACAACGGCAAUGGGAUAUCGAAUAGCAGCUCAUCACCAUCACCGCGGCUAAUGGACGAGGUGAAGAACGAACCACUGGACAUGAUAUGCGUGCCGAAUGCUGACAUCGACCGAAGCACGGACGAUACGCCGCCACACACCCAUCACAGAGCACUUGGAGGCGGCCCGCCAUCUCGCGGCAGCUCGGCCGAGGCCGACGACCGUACACCACCACCGCCGCUGCCACCAUCGCCGUUCGUCCCACCAGAGAGCAAAUUUCCAUCCUACAACUUCACCAUGGCUGCACUGACUGAAUCCUCAUUGGCUGGUCUGCAGAGUCCACUGGCGCCCGAUGGUAUGGCGAGCACGUCUCAAGCUGUCCCGCCCCUCCGUAUGCCUCCGCCAACUGCCGGCGGCAUCAACGAGCCCCAAGAGUGUCCAUACUGCCGCAGGACAUUCUCUUGUUACUAUUCCUUGAAACGACACUUCCAAGACAAGCAUGAGCAGUCCGAUACUUUGUACGUCUGCGAGUUCUGCCACCGAAGGUACAGGACCAAGAACUCGCUGACCACGCACAAGAGCCUCCAGCACCGAGGCUCUAGCGGGAUGCUGAAGCGGCUGCUGAAGACCUCGGCCCUUCACAGCGCCCUGGCGCCGUCCCCGCACCACCUGUUCGAUUUGGGCGCCAGCGACCAUGGACCGCAACUGCCGCCUGGUCUUCAAUGACCUCAGACCAUGGCUUAAAUUCGGUGGUAAAACUCCCUAUUCCAAAUAAACUUGGCUACGAGGACCAAGAAUAUUUGAAAUAUGGCCAAAUGGACGCGGAUACGAAAGGGAUAGCAUAACAUAAUGUGCAAUAUAAUGGACAAUGCCAAAACAAUGCUGGACGUUGCCGCAUUUUAAUGGUUAAUCGUAUUAUAAUUAGUAAAAUAUUGACGUUAGGUUUAAAAUUACAUGCAGUAUUCUCGCACGCGGCUCGUAGCAGCCGUCUAGUGUACGCUUCGAGGGUCGGACUUCGCUUUGUGACUAAUAAAUAAUACAGUACGCAAGUUACUGGCAUUUUCUAGUGAAAAUGUUCAAACAGUGUUCAAUAUGACAAUGUAAUCCAGAGCAAUACUAAAGUAUUAAUAUUUCUAGUACUGCCAAAAUAAUGCCAACUGUAUUCUAAAGAGAAGAUACAUUUUUAAAAAAAAAAACACUUUUCGAUAAUUGUCUAGUGUCAAAUUAGAUUCGGUAACUGUACAAAAAAAAGAACGUACAAAUUUUAAACAGUAAAUUUAAAAGUGGAAAGAAAAUAUUUUUUAAUGUAACUUUUUUCGGAACGCCAAAUCUAAAUAAAAAAAAAAUACAGAUUAUUUAGGGAUUAAUUACAAAAAUAAAAUUUAGAAUAAAAGAAAAAUAAUGUUGAUGUUGAGUAAAAAUCUAAAGACUUCUUAGAAUCUGAUUUCGAAAGUACAAAAUUACGUCUAAUUGAACAAUAUAAAUCUAUUCUAUGUGCGUUUGGCUUCAUUAAAUAAUAGUCAUCAAUGUAUAAGUAGCCGUGCCUUCGUUCGUCUGAUGCCAUAUACGGAUGGUGUUCGGAGACUAGCGCGUUGUGCGAAUGCAUCUGCGAAGCCGGACGACGGAGAGCGGAGGCGGUGAACGAGGAACGAUGCCGGCGGCCGGUGGCCGGUGACCGGUGACCAGUGACCGGUGGACGGUGAUCUGCUCCAGUGACUGGGCCCCGUAGGCUAGGGCCUAUAAUACAGGGUUAUGAGUGAGUAGAGCGACGUAGAGAAUAGAGAUACGCCACAUGAGCCUGUGCGUGGUCUUCGAAUAGUGCUGGUUCGACGAUCGUAUACGUGUGCAUGAUUUGGAAUCAUGAGUAAAAUUUAAUCAUUUCUUCUGUAUAAAAUUACGUAGAUAUUAGGUAUUAAUUGAUAGAAUUAUAUUUAACCUGUAUCCAUUUUCGGAUUUCUCUCUAUGAGUGUAUAGUGACUCUUAUUUAAAUGUCGACCAACGUAGCGGACGUCACGUUAUUGAAAAUUUAUUAGAUUUAUUAUUAUUAUUAUUAUAUUCUCAAAAAAAUCAUAGGAUUAACCAUAAGAUGGCUGCAGAUUGUAUAAAAAUUAUUUUAUUUACAUAUAUGUAGGAAAUUACUUGGGAACCGCAUUCGUUUGGGACACAAAUCAUACAUAUCGUCUCAGGGUGAACGUUGACAAAAAAAUAUCGUAUAUUCAACAAACGGACAAUUAUAAAUUAAACGAGUCUUAGUUCAACAUAUCACAUAAAAUAAAUAUCUCUACGAAUACCUACAUAUGAAAUAAAGUAUUUAACACCGUGAUAUUUCACAAAGCCAAAGAAACAUAACGGAGAUAAUAUCUACAAACAGUUAUUUUCAGUAAAUUAUUUACAUGAAUUAAAAAAAAAAAAAGAAAUAGUUUAAAAUUCUAAACGUGUUGAGAAAAAUUUGAAUACAUUGUGCCAUAUCCAACAUUAUUCAUUAUCCAUGCGAUUUGGAACAUAUCAAAUCACUAAAAGUGAUUCUGUUUUUAAAACAGUUUUCAAAGAAACCGUUGAUACUAAUUGUACGAGCUCUGUACACAGGAAUGCAAUGCAAUUUUUUUUAAAACGUUCGAUCGUUCAAAGCAACAUUAUUUUUUUGCAUUUAUUUUUUUUUUUUCAAUAUAAGUAACUUGGGUUAAGGAAAUAAUUUAAGUUUUCGUAUUUUAUUUUCAUUCUCGCGGAAUGUUACAUAUUCGUACUUUGUGAUAUGUAUUUAAGUAUAACGAAAAGUUAUUUGGUUAUUUCCAGAUAGUUUAAAAAUAUAAGUUCUCAUAACCUCAACUUAAAAAUAGAUGUUAAUUUAAAAUUAAUACCGCGGGUUAGUUUUCGAUUUUGAACUGGCUAUACCUGCGUUAACAAGCAUAUACCUCCAGUGUUUCAUAAUACCUCAAAUAUAUUAUUUUGUUUUUUUAUAAUUUUUAUCGAAUGUUAUUCUUGCAAGUAUGCGAUAGAGCCCUUGCCGCGUUUUUUGAACGUUCCAUCUCAUUCUUACUGCUGCGUUCGGGUGGUUAGAAAGAGAUGGAACGACCUCAGAAAACGUCGACACUUCGAGGUGAGGGUUCAGUUUUCUAGUAAAUGCAAUAACAUGGGUUCGAAAACGUAAUACAACAUUUAGCUGGAGCUUAGAAGAGAAAAGCAAGCGGGUAGAUUAAAUUGUAAAUAUUAUAAGUUAGUGACUACAAACACUACGCAUGUAUCGCGGCAUCGUUUGGGAAUGAACGCCUCGUGAUAUUAUUAACUAUAUAGUAAAUAGAAAACAUUAAUGGAAAGGAUUUUUAUAUAUUCUACUAAUGGAUUUAUUAAUAGUGAAACUUAGUAUAGUCUCCAUAAAGUUUAUAAUGUUUUGUGUUUAUUGUUUUCGCUGUACAAAUACUUGGCGGUCGCGUUCGCGACUGGAAUUGUUGCUGCCCUGUGCUUAUUUGGUUUUUCCCACCAAUUUUUGUAUCGUUUCUUGGUGUUUGUAAUUCUAAAUUAUUUGAUCUCAAUGAACAGCUGCGAACUACAUAAAAUUUCGGAGACAGCCGUUGGUGAUUGUUGUUAGGUCUUUUUACUAUGUUAAGUUUGGAUAUGUGUCGGCAAAAAAACAAAAAAAAAAAACAAUCGCAGCUAGGGAAUUCAAAAUGGCCGUAGCGUGUGUACGCCCAAAAUUUAAAAAAAGAACAGCGUUAACAAUAGGAUUACAAUGUUUUGCAAUGUAUACCAAAAUACUGCAUUUUUAAUGUUUAAGAUGAAAGUGAGAAAUUUUUUUUUUCGUAAAUUUAAUAUACGCCGUCAAGUUCGCAAUAUAAUUUCGCUUCUUCGCCAGUUAAUUAUGUUAAGUUUAACAGAGAAAUACUUUAUAAACCGACUGUGUUACUAAGUAGGGUAAUGCACAAAUAAUCAACAACGGAAUGCCUUCUUACAGUACAACUAUUACAAUAGCCUAUACACUAGGUAAAUAUAAAUAAGAUGCCAAUACGCUAGACUCUAAAAUGACAUUGAGGCGUUGUAAAAAAAAAAUAUCGAAAUGUCACUAUUUACUUUUUUUCUACCACAGAAAAUAUACAAAGAACAUAAUUUAUACUUAUAUCGGGUACGUCACUAGCUCUUAAAGUCGACUUUUUUGUCUAUAGAGAGUUAUUUAUUUAAGACGUGAUCCAAAACGGUAAAAAAGGUAAAAUAUAUACUCAACCUCUUAAUGUCAUUUUCAAGGUAGGUAUUCAAAAUAUCAUUUUUGCGACUUUUUUAUAAAAUCAAAAUACGUAUCAUUCUAUCAUUUUUAUUGGAUAAUCUGUAAUGCAAUUAAAAAAAAAAUACCUACCGUAGACCAUAGAUUUUAUAUCAAUUUUCCAUGUUCACAAACUGUUUCACAAACAUCUGUUUUAAAUGCUUUUAUAAUAUAAGUAUUACCUCUAUAAGAUUAAGUAUUACCUCCAUUCAUUAUUUUUUAUUUUUUUUUGUUAUGUAACGUAACAAGCCAUCCGCCUGUCCGAUUUUGUGGUCAUGGCGUGAUGUUUACAUUAUGUAUUACCAGCCAGCCAAGACAUAUUUACCAAUAGACAGUUAUAUUGUAAAUAUCAAUUUUAUUAUAGCAUUUGUUAAAUAUUUUCCCAUACACAAACAUUAUUUUUGUUGAAUCAUAUCCAUAUAGAAAAUGCAAUAGUUCACCGGCAACAUUUCUGUUUAUGUAAAGUUCAUUGGCUUGACAUUUUUUUUUUUUUUAUUAAUAGUUGUUACUGUCUUGGGUUCUUGCCUUUUAGGACCUAUUGGCUUGACACAAACAAAAGUGUUGCCUACCAGUACCUACAAUAGUUAAUUAUAAAGAAAUAUUACAAAUGCUCGACCGAGGAAAUGAUACUCUUUUUUUAAGACUAAAUCGACUUCAUCGUUUAUACCACAGAUGACAUAAUCAUUUUCUAUUUAAAAAUAAAAAAAAUACUAGUACCAAGGAAUAAUAUUAAACUACUUUAUCAAAAAAAUACUUACCAUGUAAGUAUCUACUUCUCUUUUAGAUAAAUAACCAUUUUAUGCGAUGCUCAUUGCAGAAAUCUGAUAACUUUACAAAAAUCAAUAAGUCUUUAACGAAUAUGCAAAAUUCAAAGGUUUUGGCAUGUAAAUUUCAAUAAAUUUAAACAAUUUCUAAAUUAUUAUCAAAUUAAAUUAUAUAUAUCUGUACAAAAAAAAAACUACUUAAUUUUAAUAAAAUGAGUAACCAGUUAACACAAUAAAAAAAAAACCACAAAAUUAGUGAGUGAGAAUGUAGACAUAAAAAUGCGUUCUCGAUUUGAAAUGUUGCGGGUUUUCUCCAUUUAAACUUAUUUCUUUCUUUUUUUUUUUCAUAAUUAAAGUCGAUUUAAUCUUAUGUAAACAUAGCUUUAAUAUUCAUAACAGUAUCUUCCACGUAAAAUAAUGUAACGUAUCGCCGGUAGCAAUAGUAACCAACCAGCCAUAGUACCUCAACUAUAUACAUACAUAGUUACGUUUAUUGUCGUUUACCAAUAAGAUUCACUUAGCAGAUUUCUCAACUAUACAGAACGCUUAGUUUAUUACAACAAUAGAAUUAAAUAAAGUUAGAUUGUUCUUUUUUAAUGUUUGUUUCAAUAACACGAACUGUUUCGUCAACAAAUGUUCAUAGCUCUAUUUUUCUUUAAUGGAUGAUAAUGGAAUGGUAGCCACGCCAGCGCUAACGGUAUACACUGGCUGGACACUAGUGAGGGAUGAUAGGUGAGGAUGAAAAGCCAGGUCAGUUAGCCUGUCAUGGUGAACACACCUGGAAUCCAGCACGAUGGUUUCCAGAAGGAACCGCGUGGAGAUCGACUUGAUAGCGUAUAUUACUAGCAAUAGGACUGGUAGUUUCCAUUACUAACAAUCCCUUCCCCCCCUCAUAGGUCUAUUAAUAGCGCCAGUAAUUUUUUUUUUUUACAUUUAGGUACCAUGCCUCUAAAAUAAUCACAGCAUAUUUUUGAUUUAGGUUUGGUUAAAAUCCGAAAAUUAUCUUUUUAAUAAAAUCUUUACAUUUACAAAAUCAUUUUGGUAAAUCCUACUUACUUUACUAAUUAAACCUAAAAUUUACUAAUAUACGGCCUUUUACAGUAACACAUACCUAUGACCAAAAAAAAAUGUAUCCUCCAACCGAAGAAUACAUGUUUAUUAUAGUACACCUAAUUUUAGAAUGACCGUUGAAUAAGGCAUUGUAUAAAUGUUGUAAUUAGAAACAAAAUAUACUACUUACUGAAAAACCAUAAAAGUUUAAUGGAAAUCUCGUUUUUACCAUUCUCUGGUAGUAUAACCUCUUGUGACUUUAGGCUUCCAUCUUUUUAAAACUAUAUCAUAAUGCAAAAGUCUAUCAGUUGAAUGUUAUUGAUGCAAACAAUAUUUGUAGCUGUGAUUUUCUUAUUUGUUUAACAAUAGUGACAAAUCUGCUAGGCCUACAGUAUCUAGUUAACAUAAAAAUAGUUCCGUAACUCAAAGUGCACUUACAACUUUUAAUAUAAAAGUAUAAGUAUUAUAUUAUUAAGUACCAAUCAUGUCCGCGGUCGAGCAAUCGUUGAUAGCCACUCUUUACAGUACAUAAAAUAAAAAUAUUUACAAUAUACACGCUUACAACAUACAAUAUACUAACAUUUAUAUGAACUAGAAUUAACUUUUAUCUACACAAUAUGUUGUGGCGCCAUCUUGUUGAAAGUUGCCGUAUGAAAGCAAACUUCCCGCCAAAAUGCUGCGAACUGAUACGUUCAGUGCGUCAAUAAAUUCUUUUUCUGCGGCGAACUUUUAACAUACGCACGCCGCUGUUACUGUUAUGCCUGGGUGACACAUUUUAUACACAGAUAUAUUUUUUUAUGAUUAAAAAAAAACAAUUUAUAUGUGAAAGUUAAUUAAGUGGCAAUUCUAAUUUUUACUGCACUAUAUUUUUGCUGACACUUAGGUUAGAUUUUUCUCUUUUUCGUAAUUUAAUGUAUGCACGAUCUGCGUUUUUAUUAUCAUUGAUUUUCUUUUCUUAUAAGCCAGUGUCUUAAGUGAUACAUACCCUCGAGCCGUUACAAACUAAUUUAUUGAUUACAAACGAGUGUAAGUGCCACAUAAGACAUUUUUAUUUAGCCUAAACUACUAUUGUGUUACUAUUAUGUAAAAAAAAUAUGGUUUGCCAUCGUUGAACAAAGAUGAAAAUAUGUGUUAAAUACAUUUAGUUAAUGAGUUUUGUUAUACUUUUAAUGUUCGGGAUGGGUCCGAGUGGAAAAUGUAAAAAAAUGUUUCAUAGUAUUGUGUAUUGAUCGAAUAAGGUUACUAGGUGUGCGGGACCGUCUAAGCGGCCCUUAUAGAGAAUUAGGGCUUCUCUUGAAAUUGUUGUAAGUUGAACAUCUAUUGUCGGUGAAGACACUUAAAGUACUAUUGUUGUAGCAUGUAAUGAAAUCGAAUUACGAAUUGAUGUUCAACGGCCGCUGGAACCGCGAUUUUGCUCUAGACAAAUUGAAAGAAUGUAGGUAAUUGUGAAAAUGUUUAUAAUAACGUGGUAUGUUGCUCAAUGGAUAUAUAAAACCUUUGUUGUUUGAUAUAGUUAAAAUUUUAUUAUCUGUAGGACUGCACACGAUUAGUCCACGACACUGCUAUAUGAAACCAGUGUUUGAUAAUCCCAAAAUAUUUAUUAGGUAGUUAGAUUUUGUACAUACUGCCAAACUAGUAAAAAUAGAAAAUAGUUGCAAAUUCAAUUAACGUGUAAGAAUUAAAAUUUAUAAAAUAAUUUGUGAGUUAUAAAUUUUUAUACAUAAUAUACAGGUAUAAGUAAUAUUAGUUAAUUUUCACAAUACGAUAAAAUACUCACAAAUAUGACGGUUUCUUAUUAAAUUGUCAAAUAUCGUGAAGAACCAAUUUAAUAAUAGCUUCAUGAAGUAAAACUAAAUAACAUAAUACCAUAUCUAUAUUGUGUAUUCGCGAUUAUCUUUAAAAUCGGUGUGUUUGAUCUCACGAGUGAAAACCCCGGGGUUCCAGCGACAGUUGAAAUGGUGUCUUUACUUGUUUUGAUGUUGUUGAUAUAUGUGAUUAAGGAAUAAACUCGGGUUGCAGUUGAUAGAUAGGUACAUAUCAAUGGUCGGAAAACUUAGUACUGUAAGUAUCUUUGUAUCUGACAUUUUUGUCUGUUGCAAUCCAUCAUUGUUUUUGGUUACGUAUCUUAGUUUUGGCGCCAUUUCUUAUUGACUAAACUUUAAAAAAGGAUUUAAUCAAAUUGGAAUUAUGUUAGGAGUAUAUUCCAUUUUUAAAUUCCGUAUUAUUCAGAAAUUAAUGGCGCUCAAUUAUUUAUUCGCGUGCAAAAUUGCAAAAAUCACAAACACUAAUUCCCGCCAAAAUAGUGGCGCAUAUAUUUUUUUUUCUAGAUAUCGGACCUAUGUCAUAAAAGAAAUGCUUUGUCUAUGUAUAUAUUUACGAUAAGCACUGACAAUGAUGGAGCGUAGCACAGUAAUUGCUUUUUAUUAACUUUCAAGUGAAAAUUGUUUGUUUGAUCCAUCUCAUUUCUCGUUUCGAUAUCUACAUUCGAAUUCUCAUGCAAAGUAUAACAGUUGGAUGUAAUAAAAGUAUAAAAUAAACUCGCAGUGAUUCCAUUGAU